AGAUCUCCUGUGAAAAUGUGAAAUAUUUCACAGUUGAACGUUCAGACUCCAGUUUGCGGGGGAGUCCUGUGAAUAAGGUCUUUUCAGCGUUUCAACACAAUGGUUUGUGAACAUAUUCUGAACAGAACAAACCGACUGUUUUCCUCCAGCUGUUUAUUUCUGAACACUAUUAUUUUAUUUCUUUCUUUCUGAAAGUCCACUGAGCUACAUCUGCACUGAAACACAGAGCUGACGGGGUUAGUCCUGAGCACUACUGCCUGAGCUGCUGUGGUAACCUUUGACCCAUGACAUCACCCUGCUCCAAAAAGCAUAAAAUCCAGACUUACAAGUUUUUAUUGUUAAUAAUAUUUACAUCAGUAUUUAACAGUUUCCACUAAAAUAGUACCUGUAGCAGUGGGUUCAGCUCAGUUCAGUUCAGUUCCGUGUCCUGGAGCUUUGUUUCCAUCUAUUUCCAGAAUAAAUUUCUAAAACAAACAGCGUUCAGUGCCAAACUGUCCAUUUACUCACUGACCUGCAGAUCAACACAGCUGACGGACACCGGGCAAACAGACGGACCACAGACACCAUAGAAAUAACAUAAAAAUGCCUGUGCCAUUUUAAAGAUGAAUAAAAAAGAUUAUUAAAAAAAUAUUUGAAUAUUUAAUUAAACAUAAAUUAAUAGAACAAGUCAUUAGCAAAGUUUAAAAGAUGAGAUUCGAUCAAUACAACGAGAAUAAAUUGAUUCAGUUUGAUUUUUUAAUUUUCCGUCUCCUUUUUUAUCAGCCAGCGGAUAGGAUGAACAAGGAGAGAGAGAGAGUGUGUGUGUGUGUUUGUGUGUGUCCCUGAUAUAACACAGGCGAGGGAGAGGGAGUGUGAGAGAAACCUACAGCAGUUGGUGAAGUGAAGGUCCGCCCGCAGCCUCACAGCUCGCCGCUCUUCACUCUCACCGUUCCUCAGCAUAUUGCCUCACGUUUUGCCUCGUGUCAUGUGACCAUCAUGACCGUCGUCCUUGAAAAUUGCAAGACCCGACUCCUUUAUUUUUUCUGAGGGAGAGGAGGACUGUGCUGUGACUGAGGUAGAGGCAGACGAAAUGAACUGAAGAGAAUUUUCUCUUUUGAGAGCAUCGGGGUCGGCCAGCAGAAUGACAGAACUUCACGAGCCCUGACACCAGAUUCAGAAACUCUAACAAACACCAUGAACGCCACAAAGAACCAUGGACCAAUCCAGAGCUACCAGAACCGCAGCAAAGUCAUGACCCUGGACUCUGGAUCUACGGGAUGCUACGAGCAGCUGCUGAUCUCCACCGAGGUGUUCCUCACACUGGGCAUCAUCAGCCUGCUGGAGAACAUUCUGGUGGUGGCUGCCAUUGUCAAGAACAGGAACCUUCACUCUCCCAUGUACUUUUUCAUUUGCAGCCUGGCUGUGGCCGACAUGCUGGUCAGUGUCUCCAAUGCGUCCGAAACCAUCGUGAUCGCUCUGAUCAACGGCGGAAACCUGAUCAUCCCUGUGACAAUCAUCAAGAACAUGGACAACGUUUUUGACUCCAUGAUCUGCAGCUCUCUGCUGGCCUCUAUCUGCAGCCUGCUGGCCAUAGCCAUCGACCGCUACAUCACCAUUUUCUACGCACUGCGCUACCACAACAUUGUCACACUGCGACGAGCCGCGUUGGUCAUCAGCAGCAUCUGGACCUGCUGCACCGUCUCCGGUGUCCUCUUCAUCGUCUACUCUGAGAGUCCCAUGGUCCUGAUCUGCCUCAUCACCAUGUUCUUCACCAUGCUGGUGCUCAUGGUGUCGCUCUACGUCCACAUGUUCCUUUUGGCUCGGCUGCACAUGAAGCGAAUCGCGGCCCUCCCCGGCAACGCGCCUAUCCAGCAGCGUGCUAACAUGAAGGGCGCCAUAACCCUCACCAUCCUGCUGGGGGUGUUUGUGGUCUGCUGGGCGCCUUUUUUCCUUCACCUCAUCCUCAUGAUCACCUGCCCCAGAAACCCCUACUGCACCUGCUUCAUGUCCCACUUUAACAUGUACCUCAUCCUUAUCAUGUGCAACUCCGUCAUCGACCCCAUCAUCUACGCCUUCCGCAGCCAGGAGAUGAGGAAGACCUUCAAAGAAAUCUUCUGUUGUUGCCAGGCCUCACUGUGCAUGUGAAUAAGAAGCUGCUGAUGCUGAUGCUGCUGAUGCUGCUGCCUCUGCUGCUGCUCCUUGACAAAGACAUAGAUGACCUUGGAUGCUUGACGAUUUAUCACUACUUUCACAAAUUCAGUGUCACAAAGAAGGAACCAUUUUUGUAACCGUAUCGUUGAGACUUUCCACCACUCCGUGUUCUACGUUGUAAAUAAGACCUUUGUUAUCAGGAGCGACCUGACCAUCAGCCAUGUUCUUCAUUGUCCUGGAGCUCAAAGUUUCCCUCUCCAUCUACCUUCUGAUUUGCCUUCAAAGCAACCUCACGACCUCCUGCCCCAGGAACUCGUACUCAACCAGCGUGGAGUCGGGCUUCCAGAUGAACCUCAUUGUGAAGUACUGACCUCUGGCGUUGUGAAUCAUCUACUGCAGAGGAACGUUGACGUACAGUGUCAAAUCUGGUGUUGUUCUGUGGAACAUUUCAGGCUUUUCUUCUUCUCAAGUGCAAUUUGACCUUCGUGGUCAAACUCGACCAUCUCUGUGGUCUUCAUCAAAGUGUGAGAUAUUGAACCGAUGCCUCCUCUGCUGCUCUUAAGUGCAGCCCUUAAGGGCUUUGAAGAAAAUAUGACCAGCGUGUAUAUGAGCAAAAUGGACACGUACGUCUUUACUACUGCUACUACUACUACUACUACUCCUGCUACUACUACUACUACUAAUACUACAACUACUACUUCAACCUAACAUUCUGUACCAUUAAAGAAGGUCAGGAAGCUGGACUGACCACAUGUCCAAUCAAGAACAGCCUGUGAUGGUGUUGUCAGUUGACCCUGCUGAGGUGUUCAACCAGAAAGACUCGUCACUCGUCUGCUGUCGUUACAAACUGACUGUAACAGACUGUGUUUUCCGGGCUUUAAGUUGCACUUUUUUUCAUUCCGUUGGCUGGGUUUGCGAUUUAUACUCAAGUGCGACUUAUAUAUUAUAAUAUGUAAUUUCACAUGUUUGUCAUUUCCACUCUGACAGCCGCCGGAGGGCACUCUAGGCUUGUGUACCAGUAUCUGCUACUCCAGUACCACUGAAAAUGUACAUGUUUGUGAUUUAACACUGACAGCUGCUAGAGGGCACUGUUGCGACUUAUACUCCUGAGCGACUCGUAGUCCGGAAAAUACUAUAAUUUAAUGCUAGUUCUCAGCAUGAACUGGCACAGAGGCAUUAAAGUAAGCAUUGAGCACAACUAUUUCUGUCAAACUCCAAAAAGCUACAAUCAGUAUUCUAGAUACUUGAAGAGUUUCUACUGCAGAUGUUAUGGAACCUCAAAGAUCUGUUUGCUGACGGUGGAGGUUCCUGAUCACAAACUAGGGAAACCAGGAGAACGUUCCUCCAACAACAGGGUGACACAACAAAUUAAAAACAGGAAACCAUGACAGCUGACCAAUGUGAUUUGCACCUCAUUAUGAGGGUUUUUUUUUUGAUAACCUUGCAGCACAAAACAUAAAUGUCAAAGUGAGUGCAGUGGAAGAAAACUCCACGUGUCAUGAACUACGUCCAUGUUUGUUUAGCUCGGACUAGAAGAAGAGGUGAACAUGACUUUAUACCAGCAAACUGAAGUAAAGUUGGGGCCCAGAGGAACAGAGCUGUGGACUGGUCCUCUGUGCUGAUCAAACUGGAGGACUCUAUGGUGCAGUGGUCAAAGGUGACGUGAGGAAGAAAAAGAAUCUCAUGUAGAACUGAAGAGAACCCCUGAAGUGUAUAUUUAUCAUAUAUAUAUAUUUACAUACGUACUAACCAGUACGUUUGAAGAGGAUGUACAGGACAACAUAGCACUUAGACAACGUGUCAAUCACGGCGGUGGAGGCGGAGCUAAGAUUCCCCUUGGGUCAAAUGUUUUAUGAACAUCUAAAUUCUGUCAGGGAUUUCUCAUGACAGGGUUUUUGUAAAUGUUCAUAACCUGUGACCUCAGAAGCGCGUGUGCUGCCCUCUACUGGUCGGCUGCUUUAAGUGUUCUUGGGGUGUCCUUGGGUGACAGAAAGGCGCCUAUAAAAUUAUUAUAAUUAUUAUUAAAAAAACAGUUGUAAAAACCAGCAGGUUUCUGCGGUAGGUGUCGUGAAUAUUCCAGUGAAUCUUCUUGUGAAUUCGUGUUAUUAGUGUGAACACACACACGUUGGUGGUUGGCAGCUUACACAGAAAUCUAUUUUUCCAUCUUCAGCCUUUAGUUCUGUGAUGGUGUUGUGCAGCUUCUAGGUGGUUGCCUUAACUCUGUAGCACUGUGACGUGACAGCAGCGAGACGGUUCCUCAGUCUGGUGGACAUUCUCCAGCUGUUCUCCAAUGCCGUCGUCAACUCUGCCUUAUUUAUUUAUGUUUUUGACUAUUUAAAAGUUGUUGUUUUUUUUCUCUUACUAAGCCUUUGGAUCUCCUCCCAGGUGGAUGUUCUCCUCCCCAGGGUUCUCCUGGAGUCAUUUGUGCCAAAAUGAUGUUUGCUGCUGCAACUGAGUAAAAUAAAGUGAUAUCAUCUCUGCCUCUGUCUGUUUAUUUUCUGUGUGAUGUUGAACAGUUUCUUGGUUUCAGCUCAUAUUUGAA